GAGCCGAGAGCGGCCUCACUCGACAACUGACUGCAGUCGGAGUUGCUGGGAGGUUCGCGCGCUUCUCGGGGGUCGGCAGGCGGCGAGGAGGCGGGAGCUGCGGGCGUGGGCACCGCGCAGGCGCGGGCAGCAGCUAGCAAAGCGCACGCGGACUGGCGACAGGAUGGGCCUCUCUGCCCUGGCCCCACUGUGGAGCUCCCCGGGGCUGCUUCUGGUCAUCGCCCUGCACCCGGCGCUGUCAGUGCCCACUCACCGGGACUACUGCGUCCUGGGCGCUGGGCCCGCGGGCCUGCAGAUGGCCUACUUCUUGCAGCGCGCCGGACGCGACUACGCAGUGUUCGAGCGCACCCAGAGGCCCGGCAGCUUCUUCACGCGCUACCCGCGGCACCGCAAGCUCAUCAGCAUCAACAAGCGGUACACUGGCAACGCCAACUCCGAGUUCAACCUGCGCCACGACUGGAACUCUCUGCUCAGCCACGACCCCCGGUUGCUCUUCAGACACUACUCGCGUGCCUACUUCCCUGACGCCCACGACAUGGUGCGCUACUUGGGCGACUUUACGGACACGCUGGGGCUCCGUGUCCUGUACAACACCACCAUCACCCACGUCACUCUGGACAAGGACCAACGGGCCUGGAAUGGCCACUACUUCAUCCUGACCGACCAGAAAGGCCAGGUGCACCAGUGCAGCGUCCUCCUUGUAGCCACUGGUUUAUCAGUCCCCAACCAGGUCGACUUCCCUGGCUCUGAAUACGUGGAGGGCUAUGAGUCCGUGUCUGUGGACCCUGAGGACUUCGUAGGCCAGAAUGUGCUGAUCCUGGGCCGUGGGAACUCGGCCUUUGAGACAGCAGACAACAUCUUGGGUGUCACAAACUUUAUCCACAUGCUGAGCCGCUCCCGGGUCCGGCUGUCCUGGGCCACCCACUACGUUGGAGACCUCAGAGCCAUCAACAAUGGCCUGCUGGAUACCUACCAGCUGAAGUCCCUGGACGGCCUGCUCGAGUCUGACCUGACGGAUCUGGCCAUCCUGAAGGACAGCAAAGGCAAGUUCCAUGUCACCCUGAAAUUCUUCCUGGAAGAAGCCGGCACCAACCAGAGUACUGACUCCAUCACCCUCCCCCAGGACGACAACGACAACUUUGCCAUGCGCGUGCCCUAUGAUCGGGUCAUCCGCUGCCUGGGCUGGAACUUUGACUUCUCCAUUUUCAAUAAGUCCCUCAGACUUAACUCGGGAAAUGCAUUUGGCAAGAAGUACCCACUGAUCCGAGCUAGCUACGAAUCCAAAGGAAGCCGGGGUCUGUUUGUCCUGGGUACCGCCAGCCAUUCGGUAGACUACCGGAAAUCUGCUGGGGGCUUCAUCCACGGAUUCCGAUACACAGCACGUGCUGUUCACCGGCUCCUGGAGCACCGCCAUCACGGCAUCGCCUGGCCGGCCACCGAGCUCCCCAUCACACAGCUGACCAGCUCCAUCGUGCGGCGUGUGAACGAGGCUUCUGGGCUCUACCAGAUGUUCGGUGUGCUGGCCGAUGUCGUCCUGUUGAAGGAGAAUGCCACCGCCUUUGAGUACCUGGAGGAGUUCCCCCUACAGAUGGUGGCCCAGCUGGAGAUGCUCACGGGAAGGAAGGCACAGCACGGGCUCUUCGUCAUCAUCAUGGAAUACGGCAGAAAUUUCUCUGGCCCCGACAAGGACGUCUUUUUUGAUAACCGGUCUGUGGGGCAAACGGAAGACGCCUGGCAGUCCAACUUCCUCCAUCCCGUCAUCUACUACUACAGACACCUCCCCACUGAACAGGAGGUGAGGUUCCGCCCUGCACACUGGCCCCUGCCUCGGCCCACGGCCAUCCACCACAUCGUGGAAGACUUCUUGACAGACUGGACCGCCCCGAUCGGACACAUCCUACCUCUGAGGCGCUUCCUGGAGAACUGUUUGGACACCGAUUUGCGAAGCUUCUAUGCAGAGUCCUGCUUCCUGUUUGCCCUCACACGCCAGAAGCUGCCACCCUUUUGCCAGCAGGGGUAUCUGAGGAUGCAGGGACUCGUGAGUACCGAAAGCCUUCGGCAGCACAGAGUGGAGAGCUGGCUCCCACGGAACCAUGCCGCCACGGACAGCCGCCUGGAGGACAGCAGCCAGCAGCCUGGCGACCACGAGCCACUUGAUGCUCCCAUGGCUCCAGGGCCUCUGGCCCAGUCCCUUGAUAGCAACAAAGAGGAGCUCUGACUGUCCUUUCCUAAGCUGUGGGCACGGUGACUAGGCCUCCCCACCCAGGCCUAUGGUCAGUCUCUCUUUUGCCAAAGACCACUCAGAUCAUGGCAGUGACUGCACCAAAGCCACCCAGACGGCAUGUGAGGGCUGAAAAUCGGUGAUGCGGUGGUCUCCUCCCUCCUGUCCGGAGGCAGAACAAGGGUAUCCUCUACCAGGUGUGAGUUGCCUUCCCUGGCCCACCCUGUCUGCAAUGGUGAGCCCCUGGCCAGCUUCAGUUCUGCCCCCUCUCAAAUAUUUCUCUUCCUUCCAGGCCCCUCCUCAGGUGGGCCUGCAUCCCGCCUGUGGAGUGUUUCCCAGUUGAAACCCAUCCACAUCUUAAGGGUUUGUGGCAUGCACUUUAAAACAAAAGCUCUGAUACCAACAACCACCAUAACAGGCAGGUGGGAUUGUUGGCCCGGAAGACUGCUGAAGACACCAGCUGAGAGAUGUCCAGUAAUUCCCAGGGUCCCCCCACUGGGAGUCCCUGUCUGUGUCACGUGCCACACACUGCCUCAACCUCCUCUCAUUUUCAGCAGGGUUUGGGCUUAGCUACAGAGCCCCGGAGGGUCAGCCCCGCUUAUCAUCACAGGCCCAGCAGGCUGAUCUCAAGCAGCAACAGGACAGCUCCUUGCAAAGCCAUCUUAUCUCAGCAGCUUUCUCCCAGAGCCGCAGGAUUCAGAGCUGCUGUCCCCAGUUGCACCCCCUGAGUCAUGGUCCAGCUCACUCUUCUCUCCCAUCCUGCUCCGUUCCCACUCCCUGCCCCCUGGCAUCCUGAACCAUGCCUUGCUUCUGACCUGCCUGCUCAAGUUUUGUGAAACUUAUCCUGCUGUCUUUCUGUGGCGGGAACGCAUGAGGAGACAUGUCCUAAUGCCUUUGCGUGAUAAUGAUGGUGAAUUUGGUUCCUGGUCUCUUCAUUGUCCUUCCUCACCAGCAGUCUGCACUCUCCCGUCAGCUAUCUUAAUCUCAGUUAUAACUGCAUAAGAGAAUCACAGUGAUUUUUCAAAGCCCAAGAAAAUAGGCGAUUGCUUUUUCACUGGUUCUUACUAGCUCUUCAUGUAUCUACUCAGAAUUCCAAGGGCACAGAAAAUUUAAAAACUAAAAAUAUAUGCCAUUGCACUCCAGCCUG